AUGUCUUUAUCGCCCCAACGGCUGGAAGUGUCUCCCAACGAAUACUCACCUCGUCUAGGCUUAGGGCAUGAUAGAACAGGCUGGGCUAAGAAACUCAUGCUGCCACCAGAAUACGGGUUGCCCAGAUCAGGGCCAGCCGAUGCUUGGACUAUUACCCUUGUCACAAGGGGCAGUCUAGCCAAUCACGUUGCGAUGGAGACUUGGCAGGUUUGCUGGCCUACGACCAUCACCACUGUGGUGCAUAGUUCGGCCAGACCGGACUCUGUAGAUCGACUGCUCGACAACCCAGGAGUACAUGUGGGUCUUGUGGUGGGUGGAUCAAAAGGAGAUCAGGAGCGCCUUGGCAAUUCCGGUUCCUCGCUGGGCUGCUGA